AUGCCCGCAGCCACGCACGCCGCGGCGCAGACGCCCGAGCGCAAGCUGCGCAUCGCCUUCAUCCACCCCGACCUCGGCAUCGGCGGCGCCGAGAAGCUCGUCGUCGACGCCGCACUCGGCCUGCAGGCGCGCGGCCACGACGUCGAGAUCCUCACCUCGCACCACGACCUGGCACACUGCUUCGAGGCGACGCGCGACGGCACCCUCGUCGUGCGCCAUGUGCGCACCCGCCUGCCGCGCUCGCUCUUCCACGCCUUCACGCUGCCCAUGGCCAUCGCGCAGCAAUUCUCGCUCUUCGCACAGCUGCUCGUGGCGCUCUUCGCCUUUCGCUUCCCAGGCACGCUGCCGGGCCCGCUGCUGCGCCUGCUCACGUCGCUGCCGCCGAGCGAGCCGUACGACGUCGUCUUUGUCGACCAGCUCUCGGCCAUCGUGCCGUGGGUGCGCACGCUGACGGCCACGCGCGUCGUCUUCUUCUGCCACUAUCCCGACAAGGAGAUCGGCGGCUCCAUCGCACGGCAGCGCGCCCUCGACCGCGGCUACGGCGGGCCGGGCCUGCUGCGCGCCCUGUACCGCAUCCCCUUUGACUUCUUCGAGGAAGCCACGAUCGACUCGUCCGACAAGAUUCUCGUCAACUCCGAGUUCACGCAGCGCCAGUUCGGCAAGAGCUUCCCGCGCCUGCGCCGCGAGCCGCGCGUGCUCUACCCGGGCAUCGACGCCGAGCACUACGACGCGCAGGGCGUCAAGCAGGCUGUCGACGCGCUGGGCGAGCUCGGCUCGGCGUCCAGCGUGCGGCACUGCAUCCGCGAUCUGUGCAUGGGCACCGACGUUCCGACGCUCGUCUCGAUCAACCGCUUCGAGGCGAAGAAGAAUGUGGCUCUGGCGCUCGAGGCGUUUGCCCAGCGUGUCAAGGAGCAGAACAAGAGCGGCAAGAAGCAGCCGCUGCGGCUCGUGGUUGUCGGUGGCUACGACCGGCGCGUGCGCGACAAUAUCGAGACGCUGGACGAGCUCGAGAAGCGCGCGACUCAGCUCGGCCUCGUCCACACGACGCUCUUCUGGACAGCGCAGCCGCACCAGCCGCCGGCGUCGGCACCUCCACAAGACCAGCUCGAGGCCCUGCAGGUCAUCUUCCUGCCGUCGCUGCCAGGCGCGCUGAUUCCGGCGCUGCUGCUCUCGCCCAACACGCGCGCGCUGCUGUACACGCCCAAGGACGAGCACUUUGGCAUUGUGCCGCUCGAGGCCAUGGCGUGCGGCGUGCCGGUGCUGUCAGCCAACUCUGGCGGACCAGUGGAGACCGUCGUCGACGCCGGCACGCCUACGCCCACUGGAGGCUUUACAAACCCCGACGGCACAGGCUUGCUGCGCCAGCCUCGCGCGGCGAUCUGGGCGGGCGCCAUUGGCAGCCUGCUCGACAUGAGCGACAGCCAGCGGGCAAAGAUGGCCAAGGCCAGCCGAGAGCGUGUGCGGGCGCGCUUCAGCACCGAGGUCAUGACCGACGGUCUCGAGGCCGCACUGCGCGACACGCUGGCCCUCGGCCGUCUGCGCAACGAGGAGAAUCUCUUCCUGUGGGGCAGCACCUUUGCCAUCUUUGCCCUCAUGGCCGCUUUCUUCUUCCACACGACGUGGAAGUAA